UCGCGUUAGUACGUACGUUAGUAAAUACGAUCCGAUCCGCGUGGUUUUUCCAUUUUCCCGCUCGAAGCAUCAUGGCGGCGAACGGUGGAAGAAAAUGCUCUCCGUUGAAGCUGGUAGUUGCAGUACUGUUGCUCGUUUGUUCCGUUUCAUCGGCCGCGAAAAUUACCCGUGCUAUAACCGAUGAUGUCGAGUUCAUUACACCCCGACUACUAGGACUAGGCCCAGGUCCGGGAGGAUUGGGACCGCUCGGUCCCGGUGGAUUCCGAGGGAUCGAGAUUCUACCCCGACCCGAACCAUCGUGGAAAGCAGGUGCCACGCUGGUAGCGGACAACCCGGAACAGCAAAUUAUGGGAACAAUCACAUUCAAACAGUGGGCUCCAGGCCACGUGGAAACGACCAUCAACGCGACCGGGCUUCCGGUGGGCAAGCAUGCCGUCCACGUGCACGCUUUCGGCGACAUGAGGGAAGGCUGCAAAUCGACCGGACCGCAUUUCCGGAGCAGUAUCAUUGGUAACAUCGAAGUCAAGGACGACGGCAAUGCCAUGAUCGAUUUCCACAGUCCCUACAUCAAUUUGUUCGGUUUCGCCGGAAUCGUCGGAAGGGCGAUUGUGAUUCACGAGAAACCGUCGGAGAUCUAUCGUUUCCCGGAUCUGUCGAUCAACAAUCCCGUAUCGUUCCAGGGCGAGGAGGACACCGUGGGGGCACGGAUUGCCUGCGGUAUUAUUACCAUUCUGGAUAAUGUUUCGUAGUCGUGUGGGUCGGUUUGUGUGUUUUUAUUUUAA